GACGCUGCCCAGCUGACGGCUCCGCUGCUACCGGCACCACCACGACCGCUGACGGUGACAACCCCGUUGACAACCCCGGUGACGACGCCGGUGACAACGCCGGUGACAACGCCGGUGACGGUGACAACGCCGGUGACAACGCCUCCUCGGCUGUCCGGGGAUGAGGAAGUGAAGACGGAGGAUGACCCUGCAAGACAGGCACAGAUGGAGGCGGGCGUGAUGGAGCGAGUGUGGAGCCUGCGCAAGGCCGGGUUGUGGGCACCGCAGCGUCUGCCCCGCGUGGCCGACCCUCCACGUCCACGCGCACACUGGGACUGCCUGCUGCAGGAGAUGGAGUGGAUGGCUGAGGACUUUGCCCAGGAGCGACGAUGGAAGAUCGCUGCGGCCAAGACGCUGUGCGUGUCGGUGUCUCGCCACGUGCAGCGCGAGGCGGCCAGGAGGCUGCGCGAGGAGUCGCGGCGCGGUGCGGCGCUGCGGAGACUCGCUCGACACGCAGCCAGCGCCGUGACGCAGUUCUGGGGAAACAUGUGGCGGGUACGCUGACGUUGAGGGAAAACAAGUGAGCCGAUGAGAGCGACGUCGACGUUGCCGGUGGUGGCGGCUGUGGCCGCAGCCCGACCCGGAUCCCGUGCGCGGUCGCUCACCCGACUCGGUCACUCACCCACCUCGGUCGCUCACCCGCGGUGCCCCGACUCGGUCGCUCACCCACCUCGGUCGCUCACCCGCGGUGCCCCGACU